GCCUGAGCCGGCGGCCGAGGCGCCUGGCUCCCCAAGCUCCGAGAGCCAGUGCCGGCCGUCGUGGACGCGGGCUCCGGGCUCCGACGGCGGAGGAAGGAGGCGGCGGCGGAGGCCACGGCCACGGUCAUGGAAGGGCAGCAGUUGCCCCCGCAGCCCCAGCUCCAGCUCUGCGACAGCCUCAUGAUCUGGUUGCAGACAUUCAAUACUGCUGCCCCUUGUAAGAAUGUCCGGCAAUUAACGAAUGGGGUUGCCAUGGCACAAGUUCUUCAUCAGAUAGAUGUGGCUUGGUUUAAUGACUCGUGGUUAGGCCGAAUCAAAGAAGAUGUUGGUGACAAUUGGAGAAUAAAGGCUAGUAAUUUGAAGAAGGUUCUUCAAGGAAUUACAAGCUAUUAUCAUGAGUUUUUAGGUCAACAGAUUUCUGAAGAACUUAUUCCUGAUUUAAGCCAAAUAACUGAACACUCAGACCCUACGGAGCUUGGCAGAUUACUACAGCUUAUUUUAGGCUGUGCAGUCAACUGUGAAAAGAAACAAGAACACAUUCAGAAAAUUAUGACUCUUGAAGAAUCUGUUCAGCAUGUUGUGAUGACUGCUAUUCAGGAGUUAAUGAGUAAAGAAAUAGUGAGCUGUGCUUCAAGUGAUGCUGGAGAGCUGGAACAUCAGCUCAAAAGAGCCUUAGAAGAACUUCAGGAUGCAUUAGCAGAAAAAGAGGAACUAAAGCAAAGAUGUCAAGAGCUAGAUAUGCAGGUGACCGCCCUUCAAGAUGAGAAGAACACGCUGGUGUCUGAGAACGAGAUGAUGAACGAGAGGCUGGAUCAGUUAGACGGCUCUUUGGAAGACCCAAAUACAGUGGUGGCAAAAAAGUAUUUUCAUGCCCAGUUACAGCUGGAGCAGCUACAAGAAGAGAACUUUCGGCUAGAGGCGGCAAAAGAUGACUACCGACUUCACUGUGAGGAGCUGGAAAAGCAGCUGAUUGAAUUUCAGCAUCGGAACGAUGAGCUGACGAGCCUGGCUGAGGAAACGAGAGCCCUGAAGGAUGAGAUCGAUGUUCUCAGGACUACCUCUGAUAAAGCGAGUAAAUUAGAGUCCACAGUAGAAGUUUAUCGUCAGAAGCUCCAAGACCUGAAUGACCUGCGAAGGCAGGUGAAAUCGCUGCAGGACACCAACAUGAUGUACAUGCACAAUACGGUCAGUUUGGAGGAGGAGCUCAAGAAGGCCAACGCUGCCCGCACCCAGCUGGAGAUGUACAAGAGGCAGGUUCAGGAGCUUCAUCUUAAACUUUCUGCUGAAUCUAAAAGAGCUGACACAUUAGCCUUUGAGAUGAAACGCCUGGAAGAAAAACAUGAAGCUUUACUUAAGGAAAAAGAUAGGCUGAUCAUACAGCGUGAUGCUUUAAAAGAGACCAAUGAGGAGCUCCGGUGUUCUCAGGUGCAGCAGGAUCACCUCAGUCAGGCAGGUACCUCCGUGUCAACAAGUUACGAGAACCUUGCUGCAGAAAUUAUGCCAGUAGAAUAUAGAGAAGUGUUUAUUCGUCUUCAGCAUGAAAAUAAGAUGCUUCGAUUGCAGCAGGAAGGUUCCGAAAAUGAACGAAUUGCGGAGCUCCAAGAACAGCUAGAGCAGAAACACCGGAAAACCAGCGAGAUGGAGACAGAGCAAAGGCUCAGCAAAGAAUACAUCCGAGGUUUGCAGCAGCAGAUUGAAGACCUUCAGAAGACUCUCCAGGAGCAGGGGCCCAAGCCCGAAGGGGAGAGUUCCAGCAAAUUAAAGCAGCAGCUGGAAGCACAUAUGGAAAAGCUAACUGAGGUCCAUGAAGAAUUACAGAAGAAGCAAGAACUUAUUGAAGAUCUCCAGCCUGAUGUGACUCAAAAUGUACAAAAGAUAAAUGAACUCGAAGCUGCCCUACAGAAGAAAGAUGAAGAUAUGAAAGCGAUGGAAGAGAGAUAUAAAAUGUACCUAGAGAAAGCCAGAAAUGUAAUUAGAACCUUGGAUCCCAAAUUAAAUCCAGCAUCAGCUGAAAUAAUGCUACUGAGAAAGCACCUGGCAGAGAAAGACAGAAGGAUUGAGAUAUUGGAGAGUGAAUGUAAGGUAGCAAAAUUCCGUGAUUAUGAAGAGAAACUCAUUGUGUCUGCCUGGUAUAAUAAGAGCCUCGCUUUCCAGAAGCUGGGGAUGGAAUCCAGACUGACUGGAGGAAAUGGCGCCUGCAAGGAUGCUGGUGCAUGCCCUCCCGCGCGCUCCUUCCUCGCACAGCAACGCCACAUCACCAAUACCAGAAGAAAUCUCUCUGUUAAAGUUCCUGCUGCAACAUCCGAUUAAACUCCAAAAGAAACACAGACCUUUAAGUGCCCUUACCCCAUUUGUAGCUUCCACAAUCCAUAUGGAUUAAAGAGCCAGUCCCGGUGCUGGACAGAUGAAGAUCGGCUUAUCAAAAAAAAAAAAAAAAAUCAAUGAAAUUGAUUUCUAUAAGGCAGUUGUAGCAGUUAUGUCCAUCUUUUUAGAUGGUCAGAAAUGAGGAAUUGAAAUAUAUUAGAAAGCACAUAUCUCAAAAAAUUAUAUUUGUCUUCAGACCAUAGUGUUUAGACUUAAAAAUUGGCAAUAUAUAUUUAAAUUCAAGAUGUUCAGUUAGUCUGGUAACUUGAUUAACAAGGCAUCAUUGGAAAUGUAUAAUUUGAAAAAAAAAUCCAGCUAUUUUUUAUCCUGCAAGUUAAAAAUCACUGAGGUGAAAAUGAGCACACCAAACUGAAGAAAUUUUAUUUGGAUAGGUUGGCAUGCUGCUUUAACAAUACCAAUACUUGCUCAAUUUAAUAUUUCUAUUCCUAUUGUUAGAUGUGACAAUUUUAGUAUUUAUUAGAAGAUGAUUCCCAUUUGGGGGAAAAAAAAUUAAAGGUUGCAAUAGCUUUUUUGUAAAUGGAAAUGAUUAAAUAGAAACAUUUUCUGAUAUCUGAGAGGUCAGAAUCUCCCUGGGCAGCUAUUAAUCAUAAAUGGGACCAUGCCUAGGAUUAGACCCUGCUCAAUUAUGUUGAAAUCAGAAAUUUAGCUGACUUUUAAAAAGUUAUUUUAUUCUUGGAAAAUAAGUUAAAAACUAAGAUUUAAGCCUGAUAUAAUCAGAGCAUUUUUUAAAAGUCAGUUGACAGCGCAGAAUAAUUUAUUGCUUCUAAACAUUCCGGAGUUUUCAGAUCUGACUUGAAAGUCAUUUUGCCUCCAUUUAAAAUGGGGACACUAAUUUAGCCACAUGAAUUUAAUUUGACUUAUUCCCUAGGGAGCCACCUUGUGGUAUUCAAUUUACAAUAACAAAAGUUGUUAAUGUACUACAGCCUCGAGUUUUGAAUAAUCCUUAAAGGAUGUGAUUUUUUCAUCUGCUGUGGGAGAUGUGUGAGUCCUUGUCUGGGCACUGAGCUUUCCGUCUCAGGCUGAGGAUUGUGGAAUAUUGGGUGGAUUACUGUCCACUGGAGAUGAGUGAUCCCCAGAUUGAGACCCAACCCUCCCCCCAAUAUCUCUUGUCUCCUGAGGGCUCUUCCAAGAGCUCUCCUCUCGGUGUCCGUCCCUUGGACAUGGUGUCUGUGCCGUGCUUAGCCUUUUAAUGCUAGUUUUUCUUUCCAAAAUGUCGAGUGGUGUUCUGUCUACAGUAUUAUGUGUUUAGGCCUUUGGUUUAGCCACUGUCCCAGGAAGCUUCUCCAGUUUAUUGCAAGGACAUAACUGCAAACUGCUUGGUCAGGUGCAGGCUGGGCUCCCCGUGAGCAAGCAUCAGCACGGUUUGUACGACCAGAUUUCCUUCUGCAGGGCCCACUUCUGUUGACUACCUCUGGGGUUUUGAUGAUUUUGACUGGUGCAAUGAUGUGGUUGUUUUGUAUUUUGUAUCUUUAUAAUCUCUGCUUGUCUAUGAUUUUAUUGAAAUGGGGAAAAAAAGCCUUUAUAAAUAUUUUGGCAUGCUGUGUAAAGUUUUCUAGCUGUGACAUUUCAGUACAUCCUAGCAAGUAGAAAGGAUUGUCACUUCAAUGUUUAAUAUGUGUUUAUAAAUGAGAUUCAACAAAAGCUUAAUUUCACUUUUUUAAUGAGAUUUAUUUUAAAGCAGCAGCUUCUCUUCUACUGAGCCCUGCUAUUUUUCAUAACAUCUCAGGCGGGUGCUAAAUAGAAUUUCUGGGCCCUUGUUCCAGUACUAAUGAAAUUUAACACCUCCAGUAUCUGCACAAGGGGCAUGGUCAGGUUGUAUUUGGUUCUUUUUGAUGCAUGGAAAAACAGCAGCAACCACCCCCCUUUGGGAGACAUCUCUCAGUUAAUCUUCAGGAACUGUGAAACUCAGAGGAUACGUGUAUUUGCCUAGGGAGAGUAGAGGGAGAGUUUCUCUGCCAGAAGGGUUGUAAUAAUAAUAGGCAAGUUUGAGGACUAACCAGACAGGAGCCCCUGGUCUGGUUGGUUAGUGAGGAGAUUGACACCCUGUGGGUGAUACAACAUUAGAAAUAAUUUAUCAUGAGCCAGGAUUGGUGUAUUUCUUUAAAAGAGGCAUCUGUUCUCUGGGACUUGGGGUGGGUUGUACCACAUUUAUCCAUGUGAAAAGAAAGGAGGGACUGUUCUAGUGGGGUGAUCAGUCCUUAAUUUGGAGUCUCUAUUCUGAGAUUUUUAUUUCUCUUUUUGAAAGUGUGGUGGUGUACGGACAUACAUAUGUAUACGUAUGUGUACAUGGAUGUAUGUGUAUAUAUAUAUAUACUGUGACAAUGAUGUUUAUCUGAGAUUUAUUGAGAAUAUUGAGAAAUAUUUGAAUUUUACUCUAUUUUUCCAGUGAAUAAUUAAAGUUAUUGAACAUAUGAUUUUAGUACAAAUUUAAAUUAUUCAUAUAUCUCUUAAAUCUUUGUCUGGAAACCUAACUGUGUUCUCCCUCUUUUUUUUUUGGUCAUCUUGUGUUUUAAUGUUAAAUGAAAUUAAUGCUAACAGAUUAGUUUUUCAUGAGCUAAGGCUACUUACAUCUACUUACAGCUACAUCUGAACCAGAGAAAAAUCAUUCCAGCAAGCGAAUAUCGUGUUUCAUUUCUCCCUUCCAUUUAUCCUAUUGUAUUUAGUCAGAAGCUUCUCAUUCUAAGAAAAUGUUUGCAUGUAAAUAUGUUUGCACACAUUUUUGUGAAUUUCCUUUUAACCAAUGAAAUAGUUUAUGGAAUCACUGAGGCGCAUCAGUUUAAUUUUUUAAAAAAGAAAUCAACAAUUUCCUGAACUCGAUGUAGUUUUGUGUAACAUUUUAUCCAUUAAAGGUACAUGAAGGCCCUUUCUCUCUCCUGUGGGAAAGCUUUACUUGGAAUACAACAGAAGCAAUACUUGAUUUAUUUCCCUAAGUAGCCAGGACAUCUUUUUUAAAGUCAUCGUUGUCAACUAGCUGAUCGAGCAACAGUGAAGCUUCUUGUCAGGUUCCCGGACUCCUUUCUCGCUCUGUCUCUAGUGGGCCUGCCAGCUUCACAGUGGGCACAUGACAUGUUGCCUCCUAUAAUUUUCAAGUGUAUGUUCACCUCGGUUUAGAAACAAUGUUGCACUACUUUUUAUUCUUCCCUUCUUUGAAAAUGUUCUUUUUAUAUUUACAUAAAGGUUGACAAAAGUGA